AUAUAUAAAUUUCUCAUUUAUUUUCAGGUUUUGAGUAUUUUGUUUUCUUUAGGUCUUUUUUGAGCAUAGGUUUUGGCAUUUGGCAGGACAAUGAAUAACAGAGAGGAGGGGUCAUCAUAUCUACUACAGCCGCACCAGAAUCACUUAAAAACCUAAAGCCAUACCCCUGCUUUUUUGGCGGCACUUGUAAACCUUCCCCACAAACUCAUUCAAUUUCAAACCCCCCAUCAAAAACCCUCAUCUUUCUCUGAAAUUCUUGGGCUUUAGAGAAGAAACAGUGAUGGAGGAAGAGGGUAUAGGGCUAGUUCUGGCGAAAGCCACAGAGCUCAGAAUGAAGAUCAGCAGCUGCUUCCACAAAGACAAUGACCCAUUACCCAAAAAGGAAAAUGGAGUCCAAGUUGAUGGUGGGUCGGGAGAUGAAGAAGGUGAUGGGGAAGAAGAUGAAGAGUCACAGAGACUUUUCAACAUUUGCGAUGCCCUUGAAGCCCUUGAGAAUCAACUCUCUAACUUACAGACUUUGCAACAGCAGCAAAGGUACGAAAGAGAAGUUUCCCUUGCUGAGAUUGAAAGCAGCCGCAAGAUGUUACUGAACAAGAUUAAAGAGUACAGAGGGAAGGAUUUGGAAGUGAUACAUGAGGCCUCUGCUUUUGCUGGUGAAACAGUGGAUCACAGUAAUGAUCUCUUGCUUCCUCCAUAUCCAAGCCGCUCUCCACACACUUUUGUUCUUGAAAAUGGCUAUUUGCCACCUACACAUAAGCCUCUACGAAAUGGAGUCAUCAACAAUGAUGCAACAAAUGGAGCAAAGAAAAAUUUGAGUGAUACAGAGAGAUCCAAAAACUCAAUGGGAUUGCGAUCUGUUCUUAGCACAGCAGCCAAGACAGUGCUUACUCUUGUUGGUGUGGUAUCUGUACUUAGCCUGUCCGGUUUUGGGCCUAAAGUAGUGAGAAGUAAUACUGCUUUCAAUAUAUUAGGCCGUUUUAAGCAACCGCCAACUGAAGAAAAGAGAUCAACUGUUGAAUGCCCCCCUGGGAGAGUCCUUGUUCUGGAAGAUGGGAAGGCUCGAUGUGUUGUGAAAGAAAGAGUUGAAGUUCCUUUCUCUUCAGUUGUUGCAAGACCUGAUGUAAACUAUGGCUGCGUUAGCCACAGGCAGCACCUAGUUUUGGGACAUGUGCUACAUGCUGAUAUGCAGAAAAUAUUGAAACAUAGAGAGUGGCUCCUCAAUACCAUGAAGAGAAACAUGGAAGGCAAAGGUUUCACAGAAGAGCAGGAAGCACUGGUGGUGAAGUCCUGGGCUGUAAUGAAGAAGAAUUCUGCUGAAUUGGGUCUACAAUUCUUCUUGAAGAUCUUUGAAAUUGCACCAUCAGCUCAGAAGCUGUUUUCAUUCUUGAAGGACUCAGAUAUUCCUCUGGAGAAGAACCCCAAGCUCAAGCCGCAUGCUAUGUCUGUCUUUGUUAUGACUUGUGAAUCGGCAGUUCAACUCCGUAAAGCAGGCAAAGUUACAGUGAGGGAAUCAACGUUGAAAAGGUUAGGUGGAGUGCAUUUCAAGUCCGGAGUAGUGGAUGAACAUUAUGAGGUGACCAAGUUUGCAUUGUUGGAAACCAUAAAAGAAGCAGUACCAGAGAUGUGGUCACCAGAGAUGAAGAGUGCAUGGGGAGAAGCUUAUGAUCAGUUGGUUGCUGCUAUCAAAUCGGAAAUGAAGCCCUCUGCUUAGACUAAUAGACUCGGAUCUUCUACAUAAGCUCUGAAAUUGUUUCUUUUCAAAAUUUAAUAAGAUGAAAACAGAGUAAUGUAAACAAUUUCAGAGCUUGAUCAUGUUAUUAAAUUAGCAACUGCUGCUAAUUUUGAGUUCA